AUGUCACAGCCAAAGAGUCUGUUGAUCAUUGACAAAGAACAUGAAACGACGGUUCUUGAAAAACGAGAAGAAAGUGUUCAAACUGUAGGACCGUUCCCGAUGUUGGGUGGUCCUGAGAAAGCAGGAAAAGUCUUUACUGUGACAGGAUUGCGAGAAACACAAAGCGAUAAUGUUCUUGUGCACCCCAAUAGGCUUUCUUUGUCAUUCAUUGAUGCACAGCCCAAACUGAAACGAAGAACAGAGAGAAUAGAUACGGAUGAAAUUGACGGCGGACGACAAGGGGUCAGAAGCAAUGCUUCGCCUCAACGAGUUUUAAACCUCUUGCCAACCUCUUCAGAAUCGACCAGCGUAAAUUCAGUUGAAAUUGACAAGAAGUUGGUAUCAUCCACAAAGACUAAAGACAUGCUCUCAAACCUAAUUACCAAUGAAUCAAACACUCAUUCUACCAGAGAUUCUAUUGGACGCAAUCCAAAUUGA